UCAUAUAAAAAGGGAGCUUAAGAUAAAGGUCCUUUAGAUUUUUUUUUUGAAAAAUAAACCAACAUUUUUAUUGUAAUGCAUCGUUUUGUACGUCCUGUAGCUUGUCUUCCAUUGCGCACACCAUUUUUAAAGUCUAUUGUCCGACCACAAGCUAGUAUUAGAUCAUAUACCACAACUAAUGUCAUCAAAUCACGUAUUCCAUUCAAGACAAUUUCAGCAAGCAUUGCUCUUACCUCAGCUACAUAUUAUUAUUUAAAUUCAAUUCCAGGUGCGCAAGCUGAACCCGCCUUCCAUACAAGCAAUGGCAGUAACAUAAUUUCUGAACUUAGAAACGCUUCUAGCCGUAUCGCAGUUGAGGCUAAAUCUACUCAAGAAUUGGCCAUGGGAUUGUUUGUUUACAAAUUAUGCACAUUACCUUGGCUUGUAGACGCUGCUCCUUAUUUAAUUUCUUUUUCCGAGAAACUCCAUUUGCAAGCUCCUGUUUAUUGGUUCGUCAAGCAAACCUUCUUUCGCCAUUUCUGCGGCGGUGAAACCUCCGAUGAAUGCAUUUCUACCAUGGACAAGCUUGCUCAAUCAAACAUUAACUGUAUAUUAGAUCUAUCUGUUGAGGCUGAUUUACAUUUAGAUAAGGAAGAUCAUCACGUUGAUGGUCAAUCAAAGUAUCACCGUGACGAGCAGCAAGCCGAUGUUAUUCUCCAUUUGAUAAAGAACUGCCUUCAAACCGCCGCCGGUGGCGUAAAAGCUGGUUCUAUGGCUGCAAUCAAAGUUACUGCCUUCUCACCUCCUGAGCUCCUUCUUCGUGUAAAUCAAGUAAUUACAGCACUUGAUCAAACAUUUUUGGAGAACCAGCAGAAUGGAAACAUAAAUGCUCAAGGCAUUCGUAAUGUCAUAGAUAAGCUUUUACCAGCCCCGGAAAACCAAACCCAAAGAGAGCACCGUGAUACCAUCGUUUCUCAUCUCGAAAGUGAACAAGCUACUUUGGACGUUAUUGAAUUCAGAAAAUUAUUUAACUUACAAGGCCCUGGUCGUGAUAUCUGGUGGAAAACAAGUAUAAAUGACAAUCAUGGUGCUCCUUUAACUGCUGAAGAUUUGGAAGCAUAUGAUCGCAUGGUAGAUCGUUUGGAACAGGUAUGCCAGUUAGCUCAUGACUUGCAAGUGGGCGUAAUGGUUGAUGCAGAACAAUCCUAUUUUCAAGAUGCUAUUGAUCAUGUCGCCGUGAAUCUACAACGCAAAUACAAUGAACAAGAACGAUCUCCUACUGUGUAUAAUACCUACCAAAUGUACACCAAAUCAUCUCGUGGAAGACUUGAAUUAGAUGUUGAGCUUGCCAGACGUGACAAAUUUACUUUCGCUGCCAAGUUGGUACGAGGUGCUUACAUGGUGUCAGAACGCAAACGCGCCGGAGAAAUGGGAUACGUCUCUCCCAUUCACGAAACAUUGGAGGAUACACAUGAUUCUUAUAAUGGUGGUGUCAAGUUUUUGUUAAAUAAAUUAGGCGAAUACCAACAAACUACGGGCGAAUCUGUUACCAACACAACUUCACCCAUUAUAUUUAUGGUUGCUAGCCAUAACCGCGAUUCCGUAAUCACAACUAUUGAGGAAAUGGAACGCAACAACAUCAAUGCUCGUGCAGGAAUUGUUCAUUUCGGACAGCUGUUCGGAAUGCAAGACCAGUUAUCUUAUACCUUGGGUCGUAAUGGCUACUCUAUUUAUAAAUAUUUACCGUAUGGUAUGAUUGAUGAAGUGAUCCCUUAUUUACUCCGUCGCGCUCAAGAAAAUUCCUCGGUCUUAGGCGGCGUAGCAGUUGAACGCCAGUUAAUGUGGGAUGAGUUAAAAGGUCGUUUGACUGGUACUGGCACGUCUGAUGUUUCCAUCACUAGUUCCGUCUAAACCUAUAUCCCCCAUCUCCUCUGAUUUGUAUUAUAUUGUGUAUUUCCCACUCCCCCUGUAUUAGAUCUUUUUUAAUAAAACUACAUUUUUAUUUAAAGAA